UUCCGCAUGACGUAGAUGAACAGUCAGCAUUCUUUCUUCGCUGUAGCCGGUAGCCAUCACCGUCUGAAUCGUCGUGUUGCAACAACAUUGCCAAACCUUUUAGGUCGCUCUUUCCUUCCCACUCCCGGAACAUUAUUCUUUUCAGAUAUACUUUGUCAAGCCGCCAAAGUGGAGAGUGUCGUUGCACAAGGGGGUCCUUCUCGUUUCAGUGUAGGGGGAGGAGGUGGGGGUGCACCUCAGCACUAUCCCAAGACUGUCGGCAACAGCGAGUUCCUGGGGAAAACCCCAGGUUCUAGCGUUCAGAGAUGGGUACCUUCUCGAAGCACUAGACGAGAUGCCAACUCCUCCAACGAGAAAGGGCAAAAUGAUGCAAUCUUCAGGAAAGUGAGAGGCAUACUUAAUAAGCUGACUCCUGAGAAGUUUGACAAACUAUGCCUGGAGCUCCUCAAUGUGGGUGUAGAGUCCAAACUUGUCUUAAAAGGAACCAUCUUGUUGAUUGUUGACAAAGCCCUCGAAGAGCCAAAGUAUAGCCAGUUAUACGCUCAACUAUGUCGCCGCUUGGCAGAGGAUGCACCGAACUUUGAAGACCCAGCAGAAAUUCAAGCAACACAAAAGCAGAAUACUACCUUCAGAAGGCUUCUGAUUUCCAAGCUUCAAGAUGAGUUUGAGAACCGCGCCAGCAAUGUUGAAAUCUUUGACAAAGAUGACACCCCUCUCACCUCUGAGGAGGAGGAGCAGCGUGGUAUUGCAAAGCUCAAGAUGCUGGGCAACAUCAAAUUCAUCGGGGAACUUGGCAAACUCAACCUCAUCCAUGAAUCUAUCCUUCAUAAGUGCAUCAAAACACUUUUGGAAAAGAAGAAGAGAGUCCAACUUAAGGAUAUGGGUGAAGAUUUGGAAUGCCUCUGUCAGAUAAUGAGAACAGUGGGACCUAAACUUGAUCAUGAAAAGGCUAGGUCUCUGAUGGAUCAGUAUUUCAGUCGCAUGCGGUCCUUAACAAACAACAAGGAACUGCCAUCUAGGAUCCGUUUCCUGCUGCAGAACACAGUGGAGCAGCGAGACAACAACUGGGCCGCUCGCAAGGCGUAUACUGACAACGGCCCAAAGACGAUCAAUCAAGUUCGUCAGGAUGCAGUAAAGGAUUUGGGUGUUUUCAUUCCACCUUCGAGCGAUGGAAUGAGGAAUGAAUUCUUCAUGGAAAACUCCUCCUUCCUGCCAACAAGGAUCAAGUUUGACCGGGAAACUCUUGGUGGGCUGGCUGAUAUGUUUGGACAAAUGCCUGGAAGUGGCAUUGGUACAGGUCCAGGAGUCAUACAGGAUCACUAUUCCCCUACCAUGGGACGUCAUCGCACAAACCCGCUUUACAAUGGCCACAUUGGAAACGGCAACGGUUCACACCAGCCUCAGUUUGAAGCGGGAAGCAAACCGUAUAUAAAACCAAACCAGGGGCAGAGUUCACCAGUUUUUAACCACAAACAGAUUCACCCAGUGCAGAUGCAGUCUAAGGAUAUGGCUCCACGAUUUGGCAAGAAGGGGAAGGUCAAUGCUGAUGAGAUCAGCCUGAGGCCAGCACAGUCCUUCAUCUUGAGUAAAAAACAAAUCCCAAAGCUGCAACCACAGAUGACCAUGUAUCCUUCAAGUGCUCAAAGUGCCCCGCUCGGACAGGCUCCACAACUUGGCCUGAAAAUCAAUCCUCCUCCAAUUCAGGAAAAACCUGCAAAGUCCACCAAAAAAGCUCCUCCUACAAAGGAAGAGUUGCGCAAAAUGACCGAAACCUUGGUGGCAGAUUACCUGAACAGCAAGAACGUAGAUGAGGCGGUGAAUGCUGUGAGGGAGAUGAAAGCUCCAAAGCACUUUUUGUCCGAGAUGCUCAACAAGAUCGUGGUCCUUUCACUUGACCGUUCGGAUGAGGAUAAGGAACAUGCAAGCACCCUGGUCCAUGCUCUUUGCACCGAGGGCCUUGCCACUGGUGAAAAUCUAAUGCAGGCCUUUUUGAGUGUUCUGGACCAGUGUCCCAAGAUUGAGGAAGAAGUACCGCUGGUGAAGUCCUACCUGGCACAGUUUGCAGCACGUGCCAUCAUCACCGACCUGGUCAGCAUCGCAGAUUUGGCCCAUCAGCUGGAGAACGGUGCACAUUUCCCACUGUUCUUGCUCUGCCUGCAGCAGAUGGUCAAACUGAAGGACCGUGAGUGGCUGGCCGACCUGUUCCAGCAGAGCAAGGUCAACAUGCAGAAGAUGCUGCCUGAAAUUGACCAGAACAAGGACAGGAUGCUGGAGAUUCUGGAUGGCAAAGGUCUAAGCUUUUUGUUCCCACUGAUGAAACUGGAGAAGGAGCUGCUGAAGCAGAUCAAAGUAGAUCCCUCUCCACAGUCGAUCUACAAGUGGAUCAAAGACAACAUCUCUCCUAAACUCCACACUGACAAAGGCUUCGUCAACAUCCUCAUGACCAGCUUCCUGCAGUACAUUGCUUACGAGAUCAACCCUGAUGACGACGAAGAGCAGCUUUCAGCACCCAGUAAGGAGCAGCUGGAUGAGGAGAAGCAGCAGCUGUUGUCUUUCAAGCCAGUGAUGCAGAAGUUCCUACACGAUCACGUUGACCUGCAGGUCGGCGCACUGUAUGCCCUGCAGGUUCACUGCAAUACCAAGGGUUUCCCCAAAGGUAUGUUGCUGCGCUACUUUGUGAACUUUUAUGACAUGGAAAUAAUCGAAGAAGAAGCCUUCCUUUCAUGGAAAGAAGAUGUCACCCAAGAAUAUCCAGGGAAGGGAAAAGCAUUAUUUCAGGUGAACCAGUGGCUGACCUGGCUGGAGACUGCAGAAGAAGAGGAAUCUGAGGAUGAGGAGUACUGAGGAACAGGCCAAAGCCAUGUGUUAUCAGGAUGCAAUGAAUACUUUUUUACUUGUCGCCUCCUCCCCCCCCCCCCCCCCC